AUGCCUCAGGUUUCGACACCUCUGGCUCUUCUCACGGGUUCAAUAUACGCCUUUUCAAAGUUUGCUCCACUUCAUCUUCGGCAACCCGCCCUAGACCUUCUUACUCCGCAUCUUUCAGAUAAGGCUCUAUCCCGCCUUCUCUUGCUCUGCGCAUCCACCUUCGCAAUCACCACUGUGGCGAAGUCGAUACUUGGUGUCAGUGGUUGGUUUUCACGGAAUUCCGAAAAUAACUGGGUUGAGGACAAAUAUGACUGGGGUAGCGAACUGGUGUUGAUUACCGGAGCUAGCAGUGGGUUUGGAGAAAAGAUAGCGGCAAAGUUGGCGACAAGGGGGACGAAAGUCGUGACGGUGGAUAAGAACGGCUUAGGUCCCCAGCUUCAAACGUGUGAGCGCAUGAUUCAAUACGAAGGCAUAACCAUCACUUGGGGCUACCCCGCUGAUAUACUAGAAACAGAUAAAAACGUCCACCACUAUCAAGUCGAUAUUACAGAUUGGGAGGCACUAGGUUCCGCAGUUGAACAGAUCAAGGUCGAGCAUGGUGAUCCAACGGUCCUUAUCCUCAAUGCUGGGAUAUGCCAUAAAAUUCCUAUUCUCAAUAAGGAUUUUUCAAAAAUCCGAACACUGAUAGAUGUCAACCUGACAAGCCACUUUGCAAUGCUCCAGCACUUUCUUCCGGCUAUGGUGAAGAAUAAUCACGGCCAUAUCAUGUCACUCGGGAGCCUUAGUAGCUAUAUACCAAUCCCUGGAGCAGCUGAUUACUCUGCUACAAAAUCCGGGCUAUGUGCUUUACAUGAAGCCCUCCGGCUAGAAUUUCGACAUAUUUAUAAAGCAAAUAAAGUUCGGACUAGCCUUGUGCAUCCGUUGUGGACCCAUACCCCUCUUAUCAAAGACUUUGAGCCGGAUUUGAAGGAACUGGGUCUGCCGACGUUGCAGUUGGAUGAAACAAUUAAUCCUAUAGUGGGACAGCUGUAUAGCGGGUAUGGGGGUACUCUGGUUGUCCCGAAUCAUUUGGGCUUUGCGACAGGGAUACGAGGGUAA